GCCUCCUGUGACCCCUUUGCAGGGCUCUAAUUGGACGCGGGACUUGUCACUCCGCGUCCGCCCAGGUUAGGUUGCUCUGCACCGUUAAGAUGCUCAAUUGAUGGGCGUACGGGGCUGUGCAGUAGAAGGAGAUACCCUUACGUGUUUCAUUGUAGCAAAACAAAACCAUGUCCGAUUGUGUUUAUGUCAGCGCUUGUUGCAGGUUUCUCCGCGGCACCCUUCCUGGAGCUCAGUUGUGUUUUUCUCCCUGCGCGCACUGACAAGCGGCGUGGACGAUGCUAUUGCGGCGUUUUAAAGGGAAAAAAGCUCAUGACAGAAUAACAACACGAGGCAGUGCAUCCGCUGCUGCCCCCACGUAUCAGUGUUUAUUAGUGUAAUCCGGAUGAGGUUGUUUGCUCGUGAUCUCCUGGACUCGGACAACGCAGGGUACUUUUGGGUGAAACGCACCUGCUGUGAGAUAACUGACCACCCGGAGCACAUGGACGUCUGCUUUCCGGACCUCACAUCGGACAGUCACAUCUGAGUAUUUCUAUCAAACCUCUGCAGCUACGGCGCCAUGGAGCAUUCACAGUGUUCAGUGUACAACGCUGUCAUAUUUAGCUACUCGUCUAGGGGCUUCUUGCCGAUUCGAGUGUGAGGAUGACAGCUGAUCGCCCCUCCUCUCUUGGUAGGACUUAAAUGAAAAACGCGCUCCACCUGAAUUGGAAGCCCCGAGUCUCAGUUUCAGCGUUGACAAUAGACGGAGCGCACAGGGCUGUGACAUUUGGUUGAUCGCUACCCGAACCUUUCCCUCAUCAGGUUACCCUCACACCUGCCAUUCCAUCCGAAGCUUUCUUCGACAUUAGGCGAUGUCAUAUUUCACUUGAGAGGCCCUUUGAUUUCAUUUGUGCUAAUGUGGGGAGAUUAAAACCAUCACUCUGUCGUGCAGGAAAACGGUCCUUCUUUAAGGACGCGUAGCAGCUCCGUGGAGAUGCUCUGUCCCAUCACCUCUCCACAUGGAAACUAAAUUUCUCUUCUUCUUGCUCUUUGGUCCUUUGCCCUAAACUCCAUGGCCGGGGAUGAUGCUUGAGUCGCCGUUUAAAUAAUGAGCGUCGCGGUGUCAGCAAAGCCUUGAACUACAGGGGAUUUGCGUAGAUUAUCGCCGGACUGCUAUUUUGUUCCCCCUGGUUACGCUCUUAACUGAACUUAGCGGCUUUUGAUCUGCAGCCUUUUCCCUGCUGCUCCCUGGAAACUUCAGCAGGGACGCCUGUUUACAAGCCCCGCAGUUCAUAAGCAAAGAGGUGACAACGGGUUGCAUACAUGAGCAAUGAGUGCCACGGAGGUGUUUGGACCCAGAUCUGAGGAUACGACGAGUCUGGCAUUGCUGUCACACCGUGGAUCCGUGGGAAUGAGAAGCGCUUUAAGCCGUCUGUAGUCAACACUCCCUGUUUUACUGGCCGGGUCACAUGCCGUCGCUGUGACCGGGAGAAGUAGCCCGUCAGUAGAUCCGCGGACAGCCAGAAGCGAAACACAGCAGCGCCCGAUCGACUAUUUUCCGGACUCGUUUUGACUAUCUACCGGGCGGCUACCGGAGGAUGUUUGAGCCAGGAUGCUGCGCUUCCCCGUGAAGAAGAUCCGGAAGCAGUUUAAGCUCCUGCUGCUGCUGGUCCUGCUCACCUCCGCCGUGUGGUUCACGUACCUGCACAUCAACCAAGGCAAGACCAUCAAACUCCACUUCAACUACGGGAAAGAUGGAGAGAGACAGACGGAGGGGACGGACGCCAGCCGUAAGAGGGACACUCGCUCUUCAGCCGGCCACCACAAGAGUGAAGACACUAGCGACAGCAGGGAGGACGAGGCUGCAGAUGAUGACCCAAUCACAGGAGGUGCGGACAGCAGAGACCAUCCCCACAUCCGGAAGUUUCUCAGCCAGCACCACAACAAAUUGCCAUGGAAAGCAGAGUAUAAAGGCCAGGCCAACCUGCAUGUGUUUGAGGACUGGUGUGGCUCCUCUAUAGCCCAACUCAGAAAGAACCUGCACUUCCCUCUCUACCCUCAUACGAGAACCACGGUGAGAAAGCUGGCAGUGGCUCCAAAGUGGAAGAACUAUGGCCUGAGAAUAUUUGGCUUCCUUCACCCUUACAGAGAUGGUGAUUUUCAGUUCUCUGUAUCGUCUGAUGAUAACUCUGAGUUCUGGCUGAGUUCUGAUGAGAGCCCUCUCAACACCAGACUGCUGGUCUAUGUAGGACAGCUGGGUACCGAGUGGACUGCUCCAGGCGAGUUCAGCAAGUUCAGGUCCCAGUCCUCCAAGUCUGUGCACUUGAUCUCAUCCAGACAAUACUACUUUGAGAUCCUUCACAAGCAGGAUGACAAGGGCUCAGAUCACGUGGAGGUCGGGUGGCGUCCAUUUCUUCCUGGUCUGAAAUACGAAGUGAUAGACUCAGCCUACAUCUCCCUGUACACAGACGAGUCCAAUCUGAAGAUGAACAGUGUGGAUCACAUCCCCCAGACCUUGGCCAGUCACAUCCGUCUCCCAGAGGAGUCUCAGGCCCAGGGCCUCAAGGGAGGCCGCACUGUGCAGCAUGGGGCAGAUAUGCUGAAGCCAGACCCCAGGGACACCUUUUAUAGCACUCCUAUGAUUGACCCCUCUCGACUGGAAAACGUUCUUCCGGCCUGUCUCUAUUCUCCAACCUAUGUAGUGAAAGAUUUUCCUAUUGCCAGAUACCAGGGCCUGCAGUUUGUCUAUCUAUCCUUUGUCUACCCCAAUGACUUCACGCGUCUCACCCACAUGGAGCGAGAGAACAAGUGUUUCUACAGAGAGUCCCCCAUCUACUUGGAGAAGUUUGGUUUCUACAAAUAUAUGAAGAUGGAUGAGGAAGAAGAUGACAGACCGUUCUUCUUCCCCAACCCAGAUGAUUUCCUGGAGGAAGAGGAGGUGGUAGAUACAGAGGACGAGGCAGAGAUUGUUGGCACACAGCCACCCAAGAAGCCUUCUCAUCCCAGUCAGACCAGCCACACGUACAACCCCUCCGCCCAGCACUCAAAGCCUGGGCCCACACCAGCUGCCAGGGAAGAGGAGGAGGAGGAGGAGGAGGACCCUGAUGAAGGGGAGGGAGGAGCAGUCAACAGUAUCAUACGGCGCAGGGAAAGGAGACACUUUCCUCACGGAGAUGGACAGAUUACUAGGGAUCUGGACAGAGACUGGGGAAGAGAUCGUGCAAGAGGAAACACGAGACAAGACACCAGGAAGGGACUUGAAGAUCUCCAACCCAGGGUGCUUCAUGCAGACAUGGAGAAUGCAGUCAAGGGUCGCUCCCUGUCUUGGAUUCAUACUGGUCCUGCAGAGAUGGGCCCUGACAGGAAAGGGGGGGAAACAGGUGGUGGUAGAGAAAGAGGGGAAGGAGAGAAGGAAGCUGAAAUGCCACCUAAACUGAGCAAGUCUUCCCUCCUCUUCCCCCAAAAGUCCUCCUUCUCUGCCCUUGCCAGCCGAGCCAAACAGAUCCUGAGCAACUCCGCCCACAGUAACAACCUCCAACUGAAUAACAACAAGCUUGCUGGAAACAAGAAGGAGAAGAGGGAGGAGAAUAAGGUCUACAUCACAAGGCCUCGACCUGCCAAGGAACGAGAGAGGGAGAGGGAGAGGGAGCAGCGACGAGAGAGGAGGGAGGAAAGGACAUCUCACCACCCUAGAGAGGUGUUCCCGGGGGUCUUUCUGUACCAAACUGGCAAGACCACAAGGCUGGUUCACCUGGGUGUCAAAGGACAUGCUGGGGGAGGCAUAACAGGAGGCAAAAAUUUUGUCAGUGCCCCUCAGCUCUGGCCCAAUCCCCCCACAAAAGAAGGUAGGACAUCUACUCAUAAUGGAAGCAUCAACAUACAGGAUGAAAGUGCACGGAAGUCUGCAGCUGGGCCAAAACAACCAGAGAAGAACAAGAGGAAAGGUGAGCAUUUAAAGGCUACACCUGCUGACCUUCUCACCAAAGUAGACCCGUUAACCCCACUGUCCCAUCAUCAUGAUCCCCCUCCACCUCCAGCUACCCUGCCAAGGUUAAAUUCCACAGAAAACACACUCCAAGGUAAAUCACAGGUCACCUCUUACCUCAGGACUUCAGAGAUCACAGAGUCCCAGCAGCAGCCAGACCCCAACCAUGCAGAACUCGAACAGGAUACAAACCGUUCUAAUCCUGACCCUGACCCCGAUCCCGAGCCAGAACCAGAGGAGGGCGAGAUGUCAGACUACAGCUACGAAGAGGUUGAGGCAAGGCCAGGUUGGGCAGAGGAGAGUAUCAACUGGCAGAGGACCUUCUCAGUCAAUCCAAUGGACUUUGAGCUGCUGCGCUCUGACUGGAAUGACCUGCGCUGCAAUGUGUCUGGCAACCUCCAGCUGGCAGAGAGUGAGGUGGUGGACGUGCUGGCACAGUACAUGGAGAAACUCAACGAACGCAACGGAGGAAUCUACACACUGCUGCGAAUCAUCAACGUUGAGAAGCGACGCGACUCAGCAAGGGGGAACCGUUACCUGGUGGAACUGGAACUAAUGGAGAGAGGCCGCAGCGUGGUCCGUCUGUCAGAAUACAUUUACCUGCUGCUUCACCGCAGCCGGCAAGGAGAGGAAAGUCUGGAGAACACUGACUCUGCCCCAGCCUCGGCACCGGCCUCUGCACCCUCCGCUGCCAUGUCCAACCUCGCCACCUCACCGCACCUUCCCUCCGUCAGGUCCCCCACCAGGCCCGGAGCAACCCCCUGGAGUACCGCUUACGCUAAGCCUCUGCUCUGCCAGCCCGUCAUGCUGCAGUGGAGGAAAGAUGUCAUGGUGCACUUUGUGGUGCCUGUGAAAAACCAGGCUCGCUGGGUACAGCAGUUUAUCUCAGACAUGGAAAACCUUCAUCACCAGACAAAGGAUGACAAUUUCAGCAUCAUCAUUGUCGACUUUGAGAGUGAAGACAUGGAUGUGGAGCAGGCACUUAGAGAGAGCAGUGUGCCAAGAUAUGAGUAUCUAAGGAGAGAGGGCAACUUUGAGCGCUCAGCAGGACUGCAGAUCGGAGUGGACACUAUUGAGGAUAGUCACAGCAUUGUGUUCCUGUGUGAUCUGCAUAUCCACUUCCCUCUCAACAUCUUGGAAAGCAUCAGGAAGCACUGUGUGGAGGGACGCCUCGCGUUUGCUCCCAUUGUCAUGAGACUCGGCUGUGGCAGUUCGCCACAUGAGCCUGACGGUUACUGGGAGGUAAAUGGCUUCGGUCUGUUUGGAAUCUAUAAGUCUGAUUUUGAUAAGAUUGGAGGCAUGAACACAGAGGAAUUCAAAGACCGCUGGGGUGGGGAGGAUUGGGAGCUGCUGGACAGGGUACUGCAGAACGGUUUGGAAGUAGAGAGACUACGUUUGAGGAACUUCUUUCACUACUACCACUCCAAACGGGGCAUGUGGAACGCCCAAAACAAGAAAACUCCCAAGGGAUAGUGCCCCUGCCCCACACUGGUUGGAUUUUUCUGAACCUGCCUGCAGAUCCACUGUGUGUGAGAGAGACCUGUAGGAGCUCGCUCACUGCCUGAACUCUGCCUUUUUUUUUUUGUUUUGUUUUGUAAAACAGGCUCCGUUCAGGGAUGCCUCUGUUUCGCCAUCUGCCCUCCUUUGUGCGCUUGUCUGUGUGAAGAAAAUGGAAUCUGAACUUUGCAAGCGAGCCGACUGGGCAGAGAGACCACAGUCAUCACUUUGCCUCACUGACUGAUCUACUGUACAGAGAGAAGAGAGUCAUUUUUGUUCUCCUUCUCUCUGUCCCUUUUUAGGUGCAAUGUUUUCAGACAGACUGGAAAGCAGCUGUGUGUGUGUGUGUGUGUGUGUGUGUGCAUAUGCGUGUGUGGCCGUGUAAGAUUGUGUGUGUGUAUGUAUAUAUGUGUGUGUAUCUGUACCUGGGUGUGUUGCCAUUUGUGCGUGUUUAUGCUGACAGGAAGUACCUUUUUUUCUAACAAGGAGAUGUGAAGACAACUUAAGAUCUUUUUUUCUUAACACACUCUCGCUUGGGAGCCUAAUAGAAUGUGUGUCAACAUGUUAUUCGGAUAGACUCAGACAUGGUGGUAUAGUUUGAAUAGAGGAACUCUGUCUUUGGUAAACAGUAUGUCUAAAUACAUCAAUUACUACCUGUUGGAUAUCAUUAACCAGUAUGACCAAGGUGCUGACACCUGAUUCUAAACCCUUUCAAAACAGAAAUCAGCCCGUUUCCAAACAAAUUUGUCAUCUCUAUAUCUCUUUUCUGUCCCUCUCUCUCCCUCCAUCACGUUCAACGUCAUGCUAAUUUGUAUCUGUUGAAACAUAUAUAGCACUGCUGCUUAUUUGUAAUAUCGCUUUUAAGUACUACACCCACAUUAAUGCUCUCCAUUGGUUAUGACUUGAUUCAUUUUAUUUCAUUAGCUGAAGUUUAACUGAAAUGGGUUUUCACUUGCCCUGACAGAGUGAGGAUGCACUAACAUUUGGGAUGCUACUUUACGUUCAAAAAACACUGAAUUUGUGAACAGUUUACAUCUUUUAACUCUGCUGAAGGUAUUCCCUCCAGAUCUCUAACCUCAUUGUCAACUGGAACAUAAAAAUCUUAACAGGAGGGAAGCAGAGGACAAAAGCAGCUUUCUGUCAUUUGAUUUUAAACAUUGUCACACAGUUGUUGUUUUUUAAGCAUUUUCUGACCUGUGUUUCCACUGUUGGAUCUGAGGGAUUAAAAAUCAUAUCUCUCAUAUUAAAAUCCCACAGAGACAGGGAAUGCUUUGCUUUUGUGGACAUCAGCACUCUUCUUUUAAGCUUGUAUAAAGCUUCAACAGAAGGGAGACCAGUUCAUGUGUUGGACACGAUGUGGCAAGGCAUGGCUGUUUCACAAAUGUGUGCCUUUAUCGGGGUUUGGCUGCAGGCAGUUUUUAAACUAUUUAGAGAAGAGGGCAGGGGAAGACACAGUUAUUUAUCAGCAGGCUGUAAUGUCACUGUAAAUUCAGAUACACUGUAUAUGAAGGAAAUAUGGUUCUCUUCAAUGGAUUACAGACAUGUCAGUGUAUUUCUUAUAUUACCUUAGAAGCAGGAAAGAAUGGUCUUUGCAAGCCAGUUGCCACGUCAGUGAGGUAGACAGCGAUGGUACUAAUGACUACUGAGCGAAAUCAGGAGGUGUGAUGGAGUCUUCCUGGCAGCUGCAGUUUAGCAGGACCCCACCUCCUCUCAGUACCUUGGCUGGAGGCCAGGCUCCUAUUACCUCUGUUUAUGCAACAUGGUACUUACACUGAUGGGGACUGGCUGGAGGGCUCAAACCUUGACAUAUAUAUAUAUAUGGCUGAAAAUUAAUGAUCUGUUAUUGACUAUAUGAUUGUCAAAAUGCCCUCCAAGACCCUUUCUUUGCCUCCACAGGAAAAAGGUCUAUACUGUAGGUCAUUUAACACUGACAUGAGACUAUUUAAGGAACAAAAGAAACACAUUAAAUAUAAGACUAUAUAUAUAAGAAACAUAAAAAUGAAAAAUAGGAAUAUACAUUCCAAGGUAAUUUCUGUGAAAUUGUUUUGUAGAGAAAAGGUUUUAAGAAUGUAUUGUACUUUUAUUUUGAUUUGUUGGUUUUUUUGCAAAUAAAAUUUUAUGCUUAC